AUGGACGGCCGAGCCCCUUCGACGCCGGAGCUGCCCGAGGGGCUGGGGAUGCCGGCGGCCGAGGAGAAGCGCCUGCUGAGCAGCUUGGCCGCGGCGCACACCUUGGCCAGAGUCCUGCGGCCCUGCUACGGCCCCCAGGGCCGGCAGAAGCUCCUGGUCACCGCCAAAGGAGAAACCGUGUUCACGGGCUACGCCGCGGCCAUCCUGCGGGCGCUGGAGCUGGAGCACCCCGCCCGGCUGCUGCGGGAGGCGGCGCAGAGCCAGGCGGAGCAGAGCGGCGACGGCGCGGCCUUCGUGGUGCUCCUGGCGCAGGCCCUGCUGGCCCAGGCCGAGCGCCUGCUGCGGGCCGGCCUGCCGUGCGCCCAGCUCCGGGAGGCCUUCGCCGCGGCGGCCGCCGAGACGCUGGCCCUGCUGCCGUCCCUGGCCAUCCGGGCGCUGGGGCCCCUGGAGGACCCGGCCUGGGCCCUGCGCGCGGUGACGGCCACGCACCUGCUGGGGCAGGCGGACCCCCUGGCCAGGAUGGGGGCGCGCGCGUGCUGGGCCACGCGCGAGCUGGACGGCGGCUUCCGGCCGGAGCGCGUGCGCGUGUGCGCGCUGCCAGGGGCGCGCCUGGAGGACUCGUGCCUGCUGCCCGGCCUGGCCCUGCGCGGCCGGCCCUGCGGCCGGGUGACCACGGUGCUGAGCGGCGCCAGGGUGGCUCUCCUGGCCUGCGCCUUCGGUCCCGCCAGCCCCCGGGCCCCGGCCACGGCUCGCCUCUGCCGUCCUGACGACCUGACCCAGUUCAGGAAAGGCAGCGAGACGUUGAUAGGAAAGCGGGUGGCCCAGCUGGCGGCCGCGGCCAUCAACGUGGUGGUGGUCUGGGGGGAAGUGGACGAGAACACCCUAACGCAGGCUGACAGGCACGGCCUCAUGGUGGUUCAGGUGGAGUCCCGGCGGGAAAUGGUGUACCUGAGCGAGGUGUUCGGCACACCUCUGAUGCCCUGUCUGCUUCCUCCGCUGGAGCCCGGCAAGUGUCAGAGGGUGUACGGGCAGGAGCUGGGAGAGGGUCUGGCUGUGGUAUUUGAGUGGGGAAGUCCAGACACCCCCGCCCUCACCUUGGCUCGGGGGGCCGCCGCUGAGGGGCUGCGGGGUGCGGAGCAGGCUGCCUACCAUGGCAUUGAUGCCUACUUCCAGUUGUGCCGGGAUCCCAGGCUGCUUCCAGGAGCUGGGGCCACGGAGAUGGCUCUGGCGAAAAUGCUCUCAGAGAAAGGAGCCAAACUGGAAGGGCCCAGUGGUCCCGCCUUCCUGGCAUCUGCGCAGGCCCUGCAGUCUCUUCCCGAAACCUUGGCAGAGAACGCAGGCUUAGCCGUCUCAGACGUGAUGGCGGAAAUGAACGGAGCUCACCAAGCUGGAAACUUCCUAAUAGGAGUGGGGGUCGAAGGCAUAAUAAAUGUGGCCCAGGAAGAGGUGUGGGACACCCUGGCAGCCAAAGCCCAAGGACUUCGAGCCGUGGCUGACGUGGUACUACAGCUCCUGACUAUCGAUGACAUUGUAGUAGCCAAGAGAAGCCCCAUGCCUCAGCAGGACCUGAACCCUGAGCCUAAGAAGGCAAAGGAUCGCCCAUCCCCUGUGAAAAUGAGUGCUUGGAACAAAUAA